AUGCAAUCCGUAAUUAAUUCUACUCCAGAGGUUGUCGCUGGUGCUACAGAAGUUGCCAUAGGUUUAAGUUCAUUAGAUACUACAAAAGCUACUCUUGUGGCUGUAGGGACCGUUGGAGAAGCCAUUAAACCGUUUAUACCAUUAAUUGCGGCUAUCGUUAUGAAAGAUUUGAAUUUCACUAUGACAAUUGUCAAUGAAGAACAGCGUAAAAUUGACCAGCAAGCUCUUUCUGAAGAUAUAGCCGAAAUGACCAGGAAUCAAAUAGAUAGCAUUCAUGACAUUAAAAAAAGUAAUCUACCGAUACCUGAGUCUAUUAAAGCAAACAAAAUAGAACCAAAUGAGCUUACUGAACCCCUUGGAGGGAAGGCAUCUGAUCGUCGUGGGAAAGAGGAACCUUAUACUUUAAGGAAAUGCUUAAAGCAGAGUAUAGACGUCGCUUGUAUUCCAACUACAUUACAAGAUGAUAAUUCCCAGAAAGCUCAAAGGGUUCAAGCUCAACUAACUAUUUUAGGAAAACUUCGAGAUUCUCCCAACAUUUUGAAAUUUUAUGGACUCUCUUAUGUCGAUAAUCGCCUGGUCAAGAAAUUGAGAAACGCUAAUAAUCAGUUAUAUAACAUGAAAUGCGAAGUUUUCAGUUUUGGCAUGCUUCUUUGGGAAUUGGCAUUUGAAAAGAUUCCCUACGAACGUUGGGACAUGGCUAAAAUAAAAGAAUAUGUUUUGUCUAACAAACGAGAAAAGAUUACAUUUGGUAAAGAAAAUCCUGAUAUUCAAAACCUCCAAAAAAGUUAUGCGAAAAUUAUCGUUUCCGCUUGGCAAGAUGAUCCACAAAUUCGAGCUUCAUUACAGCAGAUUUUCUUGGAAUUACAUGACUUGUAUACAAAAUAUUGCGCUGCGGGGUACAAUGCUUCGCCUGCUCUUAAACCCGAUAAAACUUUAGAUUUGGAUGGAACUAGAGCGAUUUCGGUUAGUGAUGUAGGAGGGUUAGAUUUGCCAGAUCUGGAUAUGGAAUUCUCUAUUGAUGCAAUACAAGAAAUCAUACCACUUGAAGAUGGUAUUGCAGCUCACAAGAGAAAAGAAACGAAUGUAGCAUGGGAAUGUUUUAAUGCACACGCAGAUUUAGGUAAUACAACAGCCAAGUAUUGGAAAGGAUAUUAUUUAUGGGAAGGUUAUGCUGGUCAAAAAGAUCGGGUUGAAGCAUCAAAAUUAUUUAAAGCAGCAGCUGAUGACGGAUUGGCAGAUGCGCAGUUACGAUAUGCAUUUAGUUUAGUUGGAAAUCCUGGAACUAAAUUUAAUAAGAACGUAUUUAUUGAAUAUCUUACGAAAGCUGCAGAUAAUAAUAAUAGUACGGCUCAAUUUAAUCUAGGCGAUUUAUAUAUUCAUGGUAAAUUGGGUGUAUCCAAAGAUGAACUAUUGGGCAAGAAAUAUUUAAAGCUAGCUGCACUAUCUAGUCAGCCUAAAGCUAUUGAAAUCUUACAAAAACUGAACAUUAAUAUUUAUAAUGAUGAUUAG